AUGAAGGUGACUAAUGUGCAGGCCGUUCCUAUACGGCUGAAAACGUUUAGUGCAGUGAAAUGGAAUGUCGGUAGAAGUGUGAAGCAGGAAUACACCCGUAGUAGAGGUGGCGAGGCUAGUUGUCAGCCACCAUAUCAGCCAGCAGCUUCUAUUACACAUCCUCCUUCGCAAACUACUAAUUUUCUUCAUCUUCGUCCAGCUACACCUUCAGUAUGCUUCAGAUCAAGUCCUCGUGCAGUAGAUGUAACAGAAAACAUUUUUAUCAAGGAAGAACCUGCCGAUCGGGGUUAUAGCGAAACCGCAACAUCCAUCACUAAUAUUUCUUCUUCGACUAAUGCGGAAGCUCGAAAUGAACCUAACAACCUGGUCUAUCAACAUCAACGCUAUGCAGCCAACACAACUGAAACGAAUAACAGGGAAAACAGAAGUUCUCCAGCAAAUAGUCGACCAGGAAGUACUUCUUCUACAGGUUUUAUGUGGCCUUCGAUUUCAGAAGCGCCGGAAAACUAUCUUCCUCAUCGCUACGAACCUUGGAACAAAGAAAUUUAUUUGAAAUAUAGUACCACUCCCAAUUGGACACAACUCGGUUCGCAAUUAGAACCUGCAAAUGCUUCCUGGGACUGUCAGAAUUCUUCGUAUUAUCUAAAGAAGAGAAGCUUGCCCAUUACAUCAUGGAGCAAUGAUUACAAAAAUAAAAGUGGAACCGGAUGGAGUGACGUUACCAUGGGAUGCCAACAACAGCGAAGGGGUUCUCUGCAAUUGUGGCAAUUCUUAGUUGCGUUAUUAGAUGAUCCAGUAAACGCGCCUUGUAUUGCUUGGACAGGGCGGGGCAUGGAGUUCAAGUUAAUCGAACCUGAAGAGGUUGCGCGAAGAUGGGGCGUUCAAAAAAAUAGGCCAGCCAUGAACUACGACAAGCUGAGUCGCUCGCUGAGAUAUUACUACGAGAAGGGCAUAAUGCAGAAAGUUGCGGGCGAAAGAUAUGUCUAUAAAUUUGUGUGUGAUCCAGAAGCACUUUUUAAUAUGGCUUAUGGCACUGGAAAUUCAGGAAUAACCAGCGAAAUACAUAACAGUGUGAGCAAGAAUCAUGCUACAUCUGGAGAAUCAUCUGCUGUUAAUGAAAUAGUCGAUUUGGGAAAAUAUCCAGCUAGUGGAUACGAAAACGCGGUUCUGGCCGUGUACUCAAAUACAGCCACAGUUUAUGGAGAAUCGACUCUUCAUCAUUUACAUCAGUAUUUGGGUGGCAACGAGGCUUUCAAAACACCACCCAACCGAUAUCAUUCUCACUAUGUUCAUCAAUACAACAAUAAUCACCAUCAUCACCCCUCUUCCACUUACAACGAAUCCUUCCUGAAUUACGGACUAGGCCUUUCGACACAUGAGUUCGCUGUAGAUGCUAGGGCUCAGGAACAAACUAGACCAUCUUACCCCCUCGACUCAUGCGAAACCUCAGAUGAGGAUCAUGCAUCUUCAACUACAUACCAUGGUUUACAGAGAUCCCAGAUACCGACAAACAUCGUCAGUUCUCAGCCCCCGCUUGCAGAUGUUAGUGCAAGUUCAAAAAUGGAACAAAACAGUUAUAAAUGCCUUGAUGUAGGAAGCUGUGUCUGUUUGGCUGUAUGAAUUUGAAAUAAUUUAAUGAUUAAUUGUGAAUAAUUGUUAGAUACAUAUAGAUUACGACCCUGAAUUUAGCUAGACAUAUAGAUUUGAAGAUUGGGGAAUUUUUUUAUAGAAAAGUUGUCAUAGGAAGAAAGCGAAAACAU